AUGGUCGCCUCACCACCACUACCCUUCCUGACUUCCACCCAGGCGCUGAGUCUACUGAAGGAGAAAACAAUCACCGUCGAGACCUAUGCAAAGCGUCUCUUGGAGAGGAUUGAAGAGAGGGACGGCAUUGUCAAGGCAUGGACAUAUCUUGGUGAGCUGCUCUUCCUCUCCGCCGCCACUGACCUUGACGUGGUUCAGUACCCAGUAUUUGUCCUCACGCAGGCUCGAGCCCUCGAUAAAAUCCCCGAGGAAGAGAGGGGACCAUUGCAUGGACUGGCCGUGGGUGUUAAAGAUGUCAUCAAUACGAAGGAUAUGCCGACGGAAUACGGCUCUCCCGUAUACAAGGGUCACCGGCCAGGCUCUGAUUCAUCAGCAGUUGCCAUUUUACGCGCUGCCGGCGCUCUAAUUUUUGGCAAGACAACCACGACGGAAUUCGCAGUGCUGAACUCUGGACCGAACACAACAAAUCCUUGGGACCCGAACCGAACUCCAGGCGGCUCAUCAUGCGGCUCUGCGGCCGCAGUGGCAGAUUUCCAAGUCCCCCUGAGCCUCGGGGCGCAAACCGGUGGCAGUCUUAUUCGCCCAGCCGCAUAUACUGGAGUCUUCGCGAUGAAACCAACACAUGACGCCAUAUCCACUGAAGGACAAAAAGUGCUUGCGCCUACUCUUGACACUUUUGGCUUUUUCGCUCGUUCCAUCGAGGACCUACGGCUCAUCGCAAACAUUUUCGGUCUCAAGGAUGACGAAUCUCCCAGAGACAUGCCGCUGAAGGAAAUAUCCGUCGCGAUAAUGAAGACCCCGAUGUGGAGCGAGGCCGGCCCUGGUACAGUGGCAGCCAUGGAAAAAGCCGCAGCUAUUCUUCGGGAGGGCGGCGUAGAGGUCACAGAAGUUCCGUUUCCAGAUGAAAUAUCAGACGCAGACGCACUCAAAGACAUUCAAAAGAAGAUUAUCCGUGGCGAGGGGCAGGCAGCUUUUCUCAGGGAGUAUCGCGUGGACAAGGCUAAUCUAUCCCCUCAGGUGUGCCGCCUCGUCGAAAACCACUCCAACUAUACACGGAAGGAGCUUGCAGAGGCAUCAGACACGUACAGUCAAAUGCGGCGCAGUAUGAACAAACUGGCCGAGAACUACUCCGUCAUCCUUACGCCCAGUGCUGUAGAUGAAGCCCCGCUGGGGCUCGAUGACAUGGGUGCUGCGACAUUCAAUACCCUGUGGACGGGGUUUCACAUGCCAGUCAUCAACAUACCUGCCUUCGUUGGAGCUAGUGAAAUGCCCAUUGGGGUGUCACUCGUCGCACCCAGGUUUCGUGACCAGCACCUCCUGCAGGUCAGCAAGGCCAUUGGCGACCGCCUGAUGGCCGAAGGAGGAUGCAAGCCAAGAGUCUACUCAUCAGCUCGGGUUGAUGAAGGGGGGGUAAUAUCGGGGAUUAUGCACUUUGGCCGUCGCGUCAUGGGUUGGUCAGAAAUUCGGUGA